AUGGAAAUAUUCCUCGGCGCUAAAGUGAUGUUGAGAGCGAACAUCAUCGUUGAAAAGGGACUGGUUAAUGGCGCAAUCGGCAACAUUACAGAAAUUCAUUGGCCAAAUUUCAGACGCGACCAGAUUGAUAAAGACAUUCCCGACUUAAGCAUUGACUUUGGGCCAGAUGGAAUCCAUCGGAUUGAGCCGAGAUGCGUAGAAUUGGAUGAAAAACUGAGUUAUGGAAAAGUCGAGCGAAGACAACUGCCCAUAAUUCUAUGCUGGGCAUGCACAGUGCACAAAAUGCAAGGCUGGACAGUUGAUCACGCAGUUGUCUAUUUAGGACCAGCGCUUUUUGAAACGGGCCAGGCGUAUGUUGCGCUCAGUCGAGUACGAUUACUCGAAGGCGUACGCAUUGUGGAAUUGGAUUGCAGCAAGCUAACCGAAAAAAAAACCUGCAAUGAGGAAUGUCUACAGGAGAUGGAAAGAAUGCGUCGACACGAACCUUCAGCUGAUCCUGAAUAA